UUAUGUAUUUCCAACUCAUACAAAACUGUAUGAGUAAGGCCUGAAAUGACUGACAUGCUUUCUAAAUAUAGUAUAAUCAAUGUAUAAAACGACUAACUAUAAGGUUUCACCUUCCUUAUAACUGUAAAAUACAUAUUUGUUUAGUGUUGGAGAAAAUUGUCGUUUUUUUCUAAAGGUCUCUCUUGAUCAAAACUUUUACGUCUCACAGCGCUCUAGCUUGGCUUCCUGGACCACUGUGUCAGAGAGAGCCAGGGCUAUCGCUCAGGGCAAGCCAUUUGGAUAUACGGUGUCCACAGAUCCAUUUAUAAGUGAAAAUCUCGGUCGGAACCGGUAACUACGCAGGUCCCCUAAACAGGGAACUUUACGUCUAACAGGUCCUUUUAUCUCAUGUAACCAUACCAAACACAACAUAUACUACGGAAUUAAAUGUACUAUGUUAUGUCUAGUCUAUGAGACCAGUCUGGUUGCGCACUGGAAUACAUCAAUAAUACAGUUGGCGACAACAAUAUUAUUAAAAUGUUAUAAUUAGGCUAUUUUAAUUUAUUCUAAGUCAAUAACCAUGCAUUUCUGUAAACUAUUAUAUCUCAACAUUGUCAGCUAUUGGCUCUUGUCUUGCCCUUUUAAAGGCGGCCUGGAGGCGAAGGAGUCACAUUCCUUCCCACGUAGGAAGCAGCAGAGCAGCUCCUCCGUUCUUCCAACACGACACAUAACGGGUCCGCGUCAACAGGCACAAUAAGGGAGAGCUUUAUUCCUCUUCGGGUGGAUUAUAACGGUAUUGACGCACGCUACGGUAAUCCACUUUUAUAAUAAUAGCGCAUUUUCUAGAGUUUUAUCGUUUUGAACGAGUUGUUUCCCGUUUUAUCUGAAAUUAACCUUUUUUUUCUAUGGUUGUCAAAGUUUAUCUCGAUGCAACGGAGUGAAUCGACGCCCAAGAGGAUUCAAACAGAACUUGAUAUUUUAACGAUUUUCGACACAUAGCAGACUAUUUGAUUACGGACGUGUAAGCAUUUCACGGUAAAGUCUACACCUGUUAUAUUCGGCGCAUGUGACAAAUACAAAUGGAUUUGAUUUGAUAUGAGGAACAAGAGAAGAGAGGGAGAAUCGAACAGCCUGCUACUUUCCCCAGCGGAAAUGAGCUCAGCCCGGGGUUUUUCCAUCUUUUAGAGCAUGACAACUUGCUGCCGGCGGAACCCUGAAGCUUCUCAUUUCACAGCCAACAUCUUUGCAGGGCUGAUUCGGAUGAAAUGGCAAAGUAACUGAAAUGAUCUACAACUACACGGACCGCAGCGACACGCAACAUCACCACUGGGAAGGAGGAAUGGAAGGUGGCUUGGGCAAACCCACGUCAUCAGCUGGCAGCUCCACCUGCAAGAGGCUCCAGCAGCUCCGGCGGCCAGAGUACCUGAGGACAGAGUUACCCAGGCUACAGAGCACCCUGGCUGGGGAGGAGGGGAGGACAGCCUGCCUGACCAACGGAGCAUCUGGAUGUCAUGGGAUGAACAGGCAGAACGGUCACAGUGAUGUCAUGAAGACGAGCACCACCCUGAGACGACAUGUACCACCAGCUGGCUCAGUCAGCCAGCAGCUCUCUCCUCUGGACACAUACAAACCAUCCCUAAGAUACCAAAACAACCACUUCAUUUCCUCGUCUCCCACUCCUCCUCUCCUCUCCUCCUCUCCCACUCUUCCUCUCCUCUCCUCCUCUCCUCCUCUUCUCCUCUCCUCUCCCACCCCUCCUCUCCUCUCAACCUCUCCUCCUCCUCUCUCACAGGAAGAGGGGUGUUGUGUCACUAAGUUUUUAUCAUCCGACCCUCAGGCCAGUUUCCCCAGCCCUCAGAGUGACUUCAGCUUGACCCCAGGGUCAAUCCCCCUACAGCCCUGCCUCUUGAGCCCUAACCCCAGGUCUAGUUCUGCUUCCUCUGCCACUCAGUUCUGCCCUCCUAACUCCAGACCCAGGUCCCCUAACUCCAGGACCUGUCUUUCUGGUUCCACUGGAUCCAGGUCCCCCCAGCCUACCUGCCACUCCACGCCACCUCCUUCAGGGGACACCCUCUUCAGCUCCUCUUUCAGCUUCAUCCAACAGUCCUUGAGCCUUGAUUCACUGAGCUCCAGUCACAGGACAGAUACAGACACUGCAGCUGGUGAGAGGCCCUCUGGCCUAAACCCAGACCCACUGAACAGCUCCCCUGGCCUAAACCCAGACCCACAACCACUGAACAGCUCCCCUGGCCUAAACCCAGACCCACAACCACUGAACAGCUCCCCUGGCCUAAACCCAGACCCACAACCACUGAACAGCUCCCCUGGCCUAAACCCAGACCCACAACCACUGAACAGCUCCCCUGGCCUAAACCCAGACCCACAACCACUGAACAGCUCCCCUGGCCUAGACCGACACCCGCUGGAUCAGUCCUCAGCUAGGUCGUUAAGAACUGGAUCAGUCCCAUACCACUCAGAACCGCUGGAGUGGUCUGGGUCCGUCCCACCCUGCCAACUGGUAUCAGCCCCCCAUGACCAAUUAUUAUCUGGCUCCAGCUCCGACCAAUCACGACUAGGAGUUUUGGGUCUCUCUUUGGGGCUUUCUGUUUCAAAACUGUCAACUCCGAGUCGUGUCCAAUCAGAGCCAGGCUCCGUCCCUCACAGCCAAUCAGACGGAGUACGGGACCGGCUCUCACCUUGGGUGUGGCAGGACCGCCACUGGGAGGGCCGGGAGAGGGCGGGACCAGGUCUGCAGGCGGAGUUACCUUCCUCUGUGACCUCUGACAUGGCGGAGGUGGAGCCUGACUGUGACUCCUCCUCUCUGGACACAGAAGCCUCCUCCUCCCUGUCAGUAGCGGAGGACUCUGACGCUGCCACUGCCUCGUCCCUCACCUCAGGGUACGAGAGUGCCACGCCCACUACUGCCACUGCCUCGUCCCUCACCUCAGGGUACGAGAGUGCCACGCCCACUACUGCCACUGCCUCGUCCCUCACCUCAGGGUACGAGAGUGCCACGCCCACUACUGCCACUGCCUCGUCCCUCACCUCAGGGUACGAGAGUGCCACGCCCACUACUGCCACUGCCUCGUCCCUCACCUCAGGGUACGAGAGUGCCACGCCCACUACUGCCACUGCCUGGAACGACUGCGUCCCAGACCAGGACCAGGACCAGGACCAGGCCUGGGACCAACUGGUCAAGAAGUACGAGGGUGUCCUUCAAGAUUGCCUGCACAACAACCGUACUAAUACUAAGAUUGAGUCCAUGAUGGCGAAGCUGCAGAGACUAAAGCAGAAGGCUAUCCUGGAGGAUGAGUAUGACUCAGCUGAGCAUUUUGGUAAGAAGCUGGAGGAGCUGGGUAGAGAGAGGAGUUCACUGAGGCUGGGUCUCCCCUCCAGACAGCCCAGCGUGGCUCUGUUCCUCCAGAGACUCAGAGAGGCAGUACACAGCGCCCUCGCCAGGAUGGAGGACCAUAGGGAUGAGGUGGAGAGUGAUGGAGGGGAAGUGGCUGAAACCGUCCAGGGUCCACUGCAAAGGAGAGAGUGUUUGCUGCAGGAGAAACGCAUGGUGGAGGCGGAGAUGGCAGAGCUGCAGUGGAGACUAGGAGAGCUGCAGUCUCGGAGUUGCAGCCUGGAGCACCAGAUCCAGCAGGAAGAGGAGGAUCUACAGACAGAGGAGGUUGAAGGACCUGCCCUGCGCAGCUGUAGCCACACCCAGCUCAGAGACAUGGGCAAUGCCCUCAACGACCUGGUGACAUCACAGAGCAGGACCAGGAUUCGUGUCUCUCCCCCUGAAGCCAUACUCAGACUCCAGGAUCAGGAACAAACACUGAGUCUGUCCAUUAAAGAUGCUACGGCUAAAGUAGUGAUGAGUCAGAGGUUGGGAGGAAGUCUCAGAAGGAAAGUCAGUGAGACAGAGACUCAGCUCCUGGCUCUACAUGAAGCCAAGCUAGCCGCCAUCUCAGGUAAUGCCUUCAGCAGUGCUAAGGAGCUGAAGGCAGAGAUGAGAGCUGUCUACGGAGAAAGAGACAGGCUGGAGCUGCUAGUGAAGAGACUCCACAGGCUGAGCUUCGGAAACAGCCAGGAUCUGGCCAAGAUGAAAACACAACAACAACAGCUGAAACUGGAGCUGGAGGCCAGACAGGCCCAACAUGAACGGACUCUGAAAGAGAAUGUUGUCAAGUACAUCGAGCUACUGGAAGACAGACUGCACAGUUGUGGCUGUCCCCCUCUGCAGCGUAUCUGGGAGGCUGAUCUAGAAGCCUGUCACCUCCUCCUCCGAGGCAUCCAGCUGCGUACCCCAUUCUGUGGUGGUCCGGCCCCUGCCACAGUGGUACUACCCAACCCCCAACCAGCCACUAAACAAGAAGCAGAUCUGCAGGAAUGUGCCAUGUUGACGGCUCUGGGGGGUCGCUGGUGCCCCGAGGCCAACCUACAGAACUCAGAGUUCACCAAGAAAUUGGAAGAGUUUUUAUUCUGCAUGGAGGAUGUUCUCCCGGAGGAGGACAGUGGCAGUGAAGCAGCAGAGCUAACAGCAGACGUGACUAUAGAGCUGACAGACCAGUGUGAGGAGAUCAGUGAUAGGCUGUUGGUUCUGGAGGAUGACCUCCAGACAGCCAUACUGAACAAAGACCAGGAUCUCACUCAGUCCCUGGAGCAGGAGGUGAGGGAGGUGAAGGCUACUCUACACACCAUGCUGACACAGCUUAAUGAGGAGGAGGAGAAAGAUAAUGAGAUCAUGGAGGAGGAGAAUGAGGAGGUGGAAGACCAGUAUUUCAGUGACAGCUGGGAGAUUUGAUACGGGGGUCUCGGGUUUCUCCUGUGUUUUAUGACCACUCCAUCCCAGAGAGCCCCUCUCUGGUGGCUGUCCUCUGACCACUCCAUCCCAGAGAGCCCCUCUCUGGUGGCUGUCCUCUGACCACUCCAUCCCAGAGAGCCCCUCUCUGGUGGCUGUCCUCUGACAAAGCCCUGACCUCAAACCCAUGAACCUGCAAUACUCUGUGAGAGGUUGACAUCAGCUCUGCAGCAGAGAGGACUCAAUCAUAUUCAUUUCCUGUAGCUCCAUCUCCUGUACAAUCAGACUCUGUUGUGUUGCUGGACAAUAUACCACUAUCAGUUUUUAUAUCUUAUGGGAAGACACUUUGAUACAAAUCUUGUCAUUUCUAAAUAUGUUUAUGAUAGCAGUUAUGUCCAAGUUUGAUUUGGGAGAAAAACAUUGGCUAUUUAUAUAUAUAUAAAUCUUCUAAAUAUUUUUGACUGUUGUAGUUAGUUUAACCAGGCUGAAACACAGCAGUGCCUUAGGCAGAUAACACACAUAACAACAUGUUGUUCCUCUCAACAUUUUAUAGGAAUCAGAACAGACUGGACAGCUUUUAAUAGUGAUAAUGUUGAACAUUCCAUCCCAAUAAUGUUGAAGGUUGAUGUUGAUGUAUAUGGAGUCUCUCCAAUAAGACCUCAGCUCCAUCUGUAAUGUGACAGGAGAGAAGAACCGAAUGGACCAACAGGAGAGAAGAACCAAAUGGACCAACAGGAGAGAAGGACCAAAUGGACCAACAGGAGAGAAGAACCAAAUGGACCAACAGGAGAGAAGAACCGAAUGGACCAACAGGAGAGAAGAACCAAAUGGACCAACAGGAGAGAAGAACCAAAUGGACCAACAGGAGAGAAGAACCGAAUGGACCAACAGGAGAGAAGAACCAAAUGGACCAACAGGAGAGAAGAACCAAAUGGACCAACAGGAGAGAAGAACCAACAGGAGAGAAGAACCAAAUGGACCAACAGGAGAGAAGAACCAAAUGGACCAACAGGAGAGAAGAACCGAAUGGACCAACAGGAGAGAAGGACCAAAUGGACCAACAGGAGAGAAGAACCAAAUGGACCAACAGGAGAGAAGAACCGAAUGGACCAACAGGAGAGAAGAACCAACAGGAGAGAAGAACCAAAUGGACCAACAGGAGAGAAGGACCAAAUGGACCAACAGGAGAGAAGAACCAAAUGGACCAACAGGAGAGAAGGACCAAAUGGACCAACAGGAGAGAAGACCCGAAUGGACCAACAGGAGAGAAGGACCAACAGGAGAGAAGAACCAAAUGGACCAACAGGAGAGAAGAACCAACAGGAGAGAAGAACCAAAUGGACCAACAGGAGAGAAGAACCAAAUGGACCAACAGGAGAGAAGAACCAACAGGAGAGAAGAACCAAAUGGACCAACAGGAGAGAAGAACCAAAUGGACCAACAGGAGAGAAGAACCAAUCCCACAGUGUUUCUGUGUUUUCUGCAACAGUCUUCUAAAAGAUGCUAAACGCUAACCACAGUAGUGUGUGUGUGAUGCUAAUUGUUUAUAACUCAUUAUGAUUGGUUUAUAGAAUUUUUUUGUAAUUUUUCUUUUCGUUUCUACCCCUUUUUUAUUCCCCAAUUUCGUUAUUAUAAUCUUGUCUCAUCGCUGCUGCUCCCCAACGGGCUCGGGAGAGGUGAAGGUCAAGUCUUGCGUCCUCCGAAACAUGACCCGCCAAGCCACGCUUCUUAACACCCGCUCGCUUAACCAGGAAACCAGCUGCACCAAUGUGUCGUAGGAAACCCAGUUCAACUGAAGUCAGCCUGCAGGCAUCUGGCCCUCCACAAGGAUUCGCUUGAGUGCAAUGAGCCAAGUAAAGCCUCCCCCGGCCUAACAUUCCCCUGACCUGGACGACGCUGGGCCAAUUGUGCGCCGCCCUAUGGGACUCCAGGUCAUGGCCGGUUGUGACACAGACUGGGAUCGAACCCCAGGCUGUAGUGAUGCCGCAACACUGUGAUGCAGUAUCUUAGACCUGCUGCGCCACUCGGGAGGACAGAAUUUUGUGUUUUAGUCGAUGAUAUGACUUCACUGUAGUGCCACAGAGGAGAGGUGAAGCUAAAUUGAUACUCUGUCUGUGUCUUCAGUUAAGGAACUGGGGACGUGGUAAGAUCCAUAGAAAUAUAAUGAAUAGUUCACGUUAAUGAGGGCAGAAUGGGUGGACUGGCGACCAUUACGACUGUACCCAUAGGAGCAAAGCAGGAAGUAAAAUAUCUUCUGUGAUUUGUUCAUUCAACUCAACUGACAUUUCAAAAAAUACAUUCAAUUGCAUGAGACACAUCAGUUAACAUCAUUUCAAUGAACAUUCUACAUAUUCUACAUUACCAUGGAAAUGAUUGCAUCACAAUACCAGGCAGCCAUGAGUUUCCCAGUCAAAUUGGUUCCAAGCUCUUAUCAUUCUGUUUCUAUGGUAGGAUCUCUACUGUUUAGGAGGAAGGGUUUGGAGGAACAGCCCACCCUAUACUUAAAACGUUGAUGAGCACAGAAAAGUUAUUAGUAACUGCUGUUUGUCCACAUUUGUCUUAAAA